GAAUGAGUAUGGUAGUAGGCUAUAGUAAUCAUAUCUAGCCUACAGAGAGGACACCCCUCCCUUAAAGUGGUACGGUCCUGUCGCUCUGCUGGCAGGAGAGGGAGGGUCAACAUGGCGUCUGAACAGGAGAGCUCCAAUGGGCCGGUGAAGAAGUCCAUGCGAGAGAAGGCGAUAGAAAGACGUAAUAUCAACAAGGAACAUAACAGUAACUUCAGAGCAGGUUAUAUACCCAUAGAAGAAGAACGUCUCCAUAAGACUGGGCUCAGAGGACGCAAGGGGAACAUGGCUGUCUUCAUCGUCGUCCUCCUCUUCCUCCUGGCCUUAAUUAAUCUAAUUAUAACGUUGGUGAUAUGGACAGUGAUACGGAUCGGUCCAAAUGGCUGUGACAGUAUGGAGUUCUUUGACAACGGCCUGCUGCGAUUCAAACAGAAAGCAGACAUGGGCAUCGUUCACCCGCUGCACAAGAGCACAGUGGGAGGCCGUAAGGACCAGGACCUGGUCAUCGUGGGCAACAACAAUCCAGUCGUGUUCCAACAGGGAACCACUAAGCUGAGUGUGGAGAAGGACAAGACCUCUGUGGUCAGCGAUGUGGGCAUAUCCUUCACAGACCCCCGCUCACAGACCACCUUCUUCAGCACAGACUUUGAAAACCACGAGUUCAACCUGCCCAAAGGAGUCAAAGUUCUCAGCGUAAAGAAGGCGUCCACAGAGAGGAUCACUAGCAGUGCAGCGUCUGACCUGAACAUUAAAGGAGACGGGAAGGCCAUCAUUCGUGGAAACGAGGGCGUCAACAUCAUGGGCCGGACUGUGGAGUUCAAAAUGGGAGGAGGCAUCGAGCUCAGGGCUGAAAACAGCAUCGUCCUUAACGGAUCAGUCAUGUUCAAUGCCACUCGUAUCCCUAACUCUGCAGGAGACGUGUAUUUCGAUGAAGGUAUGGAGAGGUACAAACUCUGCAUGUGUGCAGAUGGGACUCUGUUCCGUGUGCAGGUGAAAUAUCCCAACAUGGGCUGCCAGACUUCAGAUAACCCGUGUAGAAAAACUGGCUAGGAGAACCCUGCUGUUACACGUCUUCACCGUCCGUCACCACUGAGGUUAGAUUAAACAUUUGCUCAUGUAGAAUAUUCAUCAUGACUUGCUCAUGAUAAUAAUAUUAAUACCUCUGUAGUUCACCUGACUUUUUUUUCUCUAUUUACUGUUUGAAAAACUGGAUUUUUUGUUACAGCUUAUCAUCACUCGGCCAAAGACAUUAGAUAGUUGUAAGUGCUAAAAUAUUUGUGUUUUAUUGUUGCCAUCUUUAUCCAAAAUGCCAUAUCACUGUAAAACACUCCUUUAUUUAAGAUGAUACUGAGGGUCAGACCAGAGACCGGAUUUUAUUUCUCUCACUCCUCCUGAUGGCCCAUGCAUAGGUGCAGACUUCAGUGCUUUAGACAUGUACAUAUUCACUAGAGAAAUAUUAAAACAUAUAUUUUAAAAGAUUCAUCACUCAUUUAAAGGGGGACAUUUUUAAACACCUAAAGCAGUGGUUCUCAACUGGUGGGUCGGGACCCAAAAGUGGGCCCAGGAGUUGUUUUCAGUUGGUCUCAAAAUUGUUGUUUGGAAAAAAAAGUGUCACAAAGUCUCAAAAUCACCUUUGAAACAUGUUUGUUUUGUUUCAUAUCUUUGUUCUGUUACAUGUUUUUAUACCGUCUGAGGUCCAAACUGUUCAAUUUUUUCAUAAAACAAAUCUCAUUGGUUAAAAAAAAUCAGAAAUUUGGGUCGCGAUUUCUUAUUAAAGGCUUUAUAUGUGAUUGUU